UAUUGAUUUAUUACUUUCUUACAGAAGCAAUUCCAUGUUAUGUUUGGUAUUAUUAAUUGUUAUUUAAUUAAUUUUAAUAAUUCAUUAUUUUUGGUAUUAUUAAUCCAUCUGGGACCAUGAUCCCUAAACGAUGGUUGACACAUUUAUAAAAUCGUAGAACCAAUCAUUUUGACUGGUGUGGUAUUUCUAGGUUAGUAUCUAGCGAUCUAGCGAUCGAUCGGGAAUUUUCCUGAUAACCGAUAUCGUCGUAUCGAAUGAUACGCAGUGAAAAUUGUAAAAACGUGUGGAAAGUUGUGCAAAACGAGGAAACUGGUUAAUUGAGGUUCGAUAAACAGAUUGCAGGACCCUUUUAAACUUUGACAAGUACCACUUUGACUGGUAUUAGUAUAAGUAGCCUCGAUACAAAAUUAUUUUCAGUUCGAAUGCAUAAAGAACAAAAUGAAAUUCAUUAUAUUAGGAAUUAAUUAAGUAGGAAUUUUAAAAUAAAAUUGUAAAAGCAGUCAAUUUGACCGAUGUGGUAGUUCUAAACAGUUAAACCUAGCACAACCUAUACCAAACACUCUGAUCUCCCGCCCGCUGAAAGUGACGCAAUAAAAAAUUCAACCCACAAAUGCUACGAUGAUAAGCCCCGUGUACCACGAAACCAGCGUUGCACCCACGAUCGAUCUGCCGUAACCACGCGGACGAAUACGUCUCGGUAGAGUCCCUCUCGAGUCACCUUGUUCAAAACGUCCUCUCCCUGGAACAGCGUUUCUGUCCCAGCGUCCCGGAAGAGUCCUCGUGGAGUUGAUGGCGUUCCGAAGGAUUCACGACGAUCGACUUGACGGAGCAUAUUGGCUGGUGUGCGCGCGGCCACGUGCGUACACACGUGGGGCAGAAAUACCGGCAUAGAGUAAGAGAGAAGACGGGCGUGUUAAGCGUUUGCGAGCGAGCAAGACGGCGGUAGUUCGGUGGCAGCGCGGGACGGUGAGGCUGUCGUUGCUCGAAGCCCUAUGCUCGUCGCUCGGAAAGAGAGCUCAGUGUUACGAUGGUCAGCAGGCGGACAAGUCGCGCGGUGCAACGAGGCUCCAUCGUUUCUGUCGCGCUUCGGUCCAUCCAUCGGUCGUCUGGCACGGGGACAGACACGCAGGAAUACGAAGCAAGGCAGCCGUGUACACGAUACAGCGGGAGGGAAACGCGUGUCUCGCUUAAUCGCGCCUAAUUAAGACGAUUCGCUGUCUGCCGUGGCCGCGCACAUGCACUGUCAUUGACCGUCUGCGGUCUGUGGCUCGUAAAUCAUCGUGCUUCCCUCCGGCAGAAUGCCGGGUAAUUGUGUCACGGUUGAUAUACGAAUUUAUUUUCGUCGCCGCGGGAUUGAUUAACGGGGGAAAACAGUGAGCCGCGAGGAACAACGGCAGAAUCCUUCGUCGUACGGUCGCGCUACCGGAUCCAAUCGGAUCGAAUUUGGCAGAGGCGAAGCAGAGGAUAUUUCUCUCGAAAGUGCGUAGAAAAAAAAGGCGGGAAACUUGGUGUUUGAUGGAAGCAUCGGGUAGUUGGACAUAGAUCGGGGUAAAAGACUGGAAAGGGUUGAAGAUCGUGAGCGAGACCGAGCAGUCUAGGCACCAGCGGCAAAGUAACACGUGCUUGCGGCGUAUUCCGGCGUAAACCACGUGGCUUGUGACAGCGAGACUGCUUUUCACUGUAACGACUGUGCCGGACGAGGGCGAGAACAGUUUUAAAAUGCCCAGAGCUUCUGUGGUACACAUGACUUCGACGGCGACCAGACCGCAGCACAUGUCGCAGGUGUUGGCCACCCUAGCGCUGUCUAUGGGAACACUGUCCUCAGGCCUGGCAAAGGGUUACACCUCACCAGCCUUGGACUCCAUUCUAGACAACCAACCACCUCACCUUUAUCAAACAUCAAACAACGACACUGGGUCGGCUUUCUCGGUGACGCAACAAGAAGCCUCGUGGGUAGCGUCGUUGUCGAUGCUGGGCGCAUGGUUCGGUGCUAUGAUCGGCGAUUGGAUAAUGAGGAGGGGUCGUAGAUUGGCGCUCCGUGUCACGUCUUUGCCUCUGGCCGCCGUAUGGAUCCUUACGGGCAUCGCACCCUGCUUGGAAUUGGUAUACGUCACGAGCUUCAUCGGAGGCCUUUGCUGCUGCAUGAUCGUUAUGGUAGCUCAGGUAUACAUAUCAGAAAUCUCGAUGCCGGGAAUCAGGGGCUGUCUAUCGGCGAUGCUGAAAGUGGUCGGUAACGUUGGCGUGUUAUUGUCGUACAUCGCAGGCACGUACCUGAACUGGCGACAGAGCGCACUGCUGGUAGCCAUAGCGCCGUCGAUGCUCUUUCUAGGUACUUUCUUUAUACCCGAGACGCCAUCGUACCUCGUUCUGAAUGGCAAAGACGACGAAGCUGCCAAGAGCUUGCAAUGGCUGCGCGGUGAUCAGGUCGACAUACGUCACGAACUGCAGGUGAUCAAAACGAAUAUCCUGGCGUCACGAGCGAAGCAGUACGAGCAGACGCUCAAGAACAGCAUGUUCACACCUGAGCUGUACAAGCCAAUCGCCAUCACGUGCGGGUUAAUGUUCUUCCAGCGAUUUUCUGGUGCGAACGCGUUCAAUUAUUACGCGGUCAUUAUAUUCCGUCAGACUCUGGGCGGCAUGAAUCCUCACGGCGCGACCAUUGCAAUUGGCUUCGUGCAAUUAUUGGCUUCUAUGUUAUCAGGAUUCCUGAUCGACAUCGUGGGUAGGCUACCGCUGCUGAUUGCCAGUACCGUGUUCAUGUCGUUGGCGUUAGCAGGUUUCGGCAGUUAUGCCUAUUACAUGUCGCAGACGCAAAAUCUGGGCUAUCCGGACACGGCGGUGGUCGGUCAGCACGACUGGAUACCGUUGCUCUGCGUGCUCGUCUUCACGACCGCUCUAGCUUUGGGCAUAUCGCCAAUUUCGUGGUUAUUGAUUGGCGAGCUCUUUCCCCUGCAGUAUCGUGGCCUCGGCUCCAGCAUCAGCAUGAGCUUCAACUACUUCUGCGCGUUCGUCGGCAUUAAGCUCUUCAUGGAUUUUCAGCAGACGUUUGGUCUACACGGAGCAUUCUGGUUCUACGCAGCAGUCGCGGUAUGCGGACUAUGUUUCGUAGUAUGCUGCGUGCCCGAGACCAAAGGGAAACAACUGGACGAGAUGAAUCCAGACUACGCACAGGCACGGUAGUAUAAGGCCUCGUUAACGGGGGGUUUGUCGAACCUGGAGAAAUCCAACAAACCCCUACCAGGAGGAGCUUAUCCGAAUCAACACGAUCCGAGAGAGCUGUAUAAUUCGAAUCCAGCUACGGAUAUUCCAACGACGUCUUGUCACAUACCGAACUACAGGAGUAAUCAUCGCAAAUUAUCCGAUUAUUGCAACAUCUUCGCCGAGAAAACUAACAGAAUCGGUAGAAACGUGGAGAGUUUCAUGCAGUCCCGUGGAUUCUUCACGGCGCGUCGUUCCACCGACGAAAGUUCGCGCAGCAACGCGACCACAACGCAUAGAAGCAACGGAGACGUGAUCCGAAACGAUUAUCGAUUCUCCGAUCGGCUGAACGAACGACCUGAAGUACUCGAGGAAAAUCAGCAUCGUUAUGGUCGGAACGGACGAAAUCGCCGAGAUAGAUGUGCCUACCCAAAGGACGUAUAUCCAAAGGAUACGUAUCCAGAAGAAAGAAGCAUCGAUUCGAAUUACGUAAAUCGCGACAUGGAGAUGCAGCCUCGACGAGUUAGGCAUCGCGAUUACACGGCUGCGUACGAGGACAACAGCUGGAGGGACGUCUCGAGUGAUUUAAACGGGUCUAAGCCGAUCCUGAGGAACGGCAUUAGUCACGGAAGGGGCGAGAGGCUUUACAGCUCGACUUUGCCCAGACGAAGUAGAACCAUCAAUUUCAGAGAUCAGCCGGCCAAUUCCCUCGAAUCGCGGCGUAGCUACCCGAGAAGCUUGCAGGAUCUCUCGGACCUCGAGCUGGACGAUAGAAUACGAGAUUCGGGCGAUUCGUCUCUUCUAUCGUCGAACAGGGAAUGGAGAAACGACAGGCUGUUGGACGAUGGUUACAGACGUCGAAGAUAUCGGGAGGACCAACUCGAAGAUGAUUAUUUGAGACUCUACAGAAGUUUGUCCAGGCUGAACAGAUAUCCGCAGGGUGGCAAGUACGAGCCCGGCCAGGUACACUACGAGAGAGAAUGCAGGACAUUCGGCAAGGACACGGUUGCUUUCAUUUAUUACAAAACGUGCUACUUGUGAUGCACGAAGAAACGCAAUAGGGUUGACGAUAAUAGUCGAUCAAAGCGUUCUUCGUCGAUGGAUUAUCGUCUACCCGAUAUGCUUAAUGAUUCGUUGAGAACGAGGAAGCUUGGUGACCUGAUUUUCACGACGCUCGUUCUUCCGAUGUAUUUUUCCGAUUAAGCUUUCGAUUGACGCGAAUUGGAAUCGUGAUGUUUUCGCGACGUUUAGAAUAUAUUUAAGUAUUAGAAGAUUUUCUUUCCACGACGAACCACCGAGAGUCUCUGGUAACAGAGAUAAUUGUUUAUUUGCUACAUCGAAGGGUAUUGAAACGACUUGAUUUUUACCACAGCAAGAUCUCAUUAGCAAUGACGUUAGAUUAUUGAGUUCCUUGAUCGAUUUGAUACGAGCUUUUUUCAGUUGACGAGACGAUAGAAAUGAAUAUGAACGUAAUAUUUCAUGAUUCAUCAGCUAGCGUAUAAGAUUGGUCAGAAACGCGUAUAUUCGAUCGAACGAACGCAUCGAGUCUCCCUUUCUAAUCAUCUUCGAAUACUUGACGUGUAAAACAUUCUAAAAGACUUGUAUCGAGUAAUCAAAAAAGGUACAAUUUAUAUGAACGUAGAAUAGAGGUUAACGAUUAAUAGCGGGUAACUUGUUAGAAAUUGAAGAACGCAGCGAGACGUUCGAGUGUUAAUUUCUCCUCUCUCUGACCAGUUUUAUGCUCACUUUCGAUAUUAUAAAUCGUUAAAUGAAGGAAUAAGAUCUGUUUUCAAACGACACGACUGAAUUACAUAAAUUCGUAUUAGAUAACCAUCUUCGUGAUUUGCCUUGUGAAACGUUGAACGAUAUUUUGACCAAGAAGCGCAUUAAAUUAGCAUACGUUAUUUUCCGUAACUAUCGAAACUACGUAGAACGAAUACUUGCGGAUUACACGCACCCGAAAAGAAAGAUGGAUCUCGUCGAAACAAUACAAAAAAAAAAACAAAAGAAAAAAAGAAAAAAAAGAUAAAGAACGCUCUUCCGUGCAACGUGCCUUUUCUGAGAGCACGCAAAUAUAGACGUACAGAUAAUAACGCAGAAUACGUACGUACAUGUAUAAAUAUAUAUAAACAAAAGAAGAAACAACCAGGAAAAAAUAAUAGUCGUAUAUAUAUACAUAUAUAUAUAUAUUAAUAUAAAUUGUUUAGAAUAGAAUCGAUAGACUGGUCCGUCGAUUGUCGUCGACGUUUCUCUAAACACUUCAAGAUUCACCGUGAUAUUUUCAACUUACGUCUUCGAGUUUCGAAUCGUGGCUAACACGUGAAAAGCUAAUUAACUAAAUAGAACGUGAUAGUAUAACAAACGGAAAAUUCCACUUUUCUUCCAGAAAGCAAGUUCUUGUUGUUUCGAAAGCGCGUAUGACUGACUGAUGUUCAAACCUAGUGGUUUUAGCAGUUUCGUUGGCCAAGUAAGAACGCCAAGGAGAACGUGGAACAAGUUGUUUCUCCAUUGAAAUACGAUACACGCGUUUCUGUUAAAUCGAUGGGAAAAUAAUGGAAAUUUCUACUCCACGUGAUGAACGUGCACCAACGAACGAAGGAUAUAUGUAUUUUUUAUUCAAUACGACGAUCGUAUGAAACGAAACGACUGGAACGUAACCAGAUGAUGUGAUCGACUGAGCGUGGCCGAGGAAGUGUUCCUUGCUUUUCCGCCAAUUUAACGCUAUUCGCACGACCGUGAUAUACGGUGUAUUAUAUACACCGUGAACGUAAAUCGUGAUGUAAACUCUAUCGCCGAGGAAAGAAUGUAGAAGAGAGAGAAAAUAACUUAGACACGACAGAACAGAGAAUAUUUUACUUGUCGCGGCUAUAAGUAUAAACACACGGAGGAGGGAGGCUCGUUCCACGUUUCUAACAAUGGCCACUAUUGACUUAAUGAUGACAAUAUUAUUAACUGUAGAUAUAUUAUACAUAUUACGCGUACUAUCUUUCAUACUUAAGUACCUAUUGUAUAAAUCGACUAUUAUUGUACAUUAUAUACAUAUUACCAGUACGAACACUUAUGUAAUACCGAUCGUGCAACUGUUCGGACGUGGUGAACAACAUUUUUGCGACAAUACUGUAAUUAACCAUUGCCAAACUCACGAGACACGCGUGCGUAGAUGGAAACUUGAAAAGCUUGUCCUAUUGUAACGUGGAUGACAGUCGUGACUCUUUUGAACAUAGUGUGCGAGUUCGAUCGAGGAUACGACUGUGAUCGAUGAUGAAUUUUUCUACAAUUUUCGAUGAGAUAAGCGUUUGGUGUAUAGGGUAAGAUUCGUGCAAUGAUAUCGUCGAAUCUGGAACCCGAGAGAGGAGUCUUUUGAGGGAAGGUAUUCGAGGAAACGGCAUUUGUAUUUUGUAUUUUUAUAUAGUUUGUAGAACUCGUCAGCGUCGACUUUGCAGAAAUGAUUUCUGCACUCUGUGAUCGAACGCCUGGUCUUCACGGAUGAAAAUAUUCACCACGAGUUAUUAUCGUUUCACGUGAGAAAAGAAGAGAUUCCAUGUAUCUAUAGAACGAAGAAGUUCCAUUCGUUAAGAGUUUACGUUCAGUCGUUCUGAUAUUUUUCUAAAAAAUGUCGCUGUUUAAUCAUAGAUUUAACGAAUUCCAAUUAAUUAAGCGCCCGAUAUCAGGGAUAUUAAAUCGAUAUCGACAUAUCAGGAACAUCUAGUUUUCAUCAAAUUAAUUACGAAUUUCAUUUAAACAGAUGCUUCAUUCAUUGGUAAUAAAAUAAUAGAGUCAAACGAUAUUUUUUUCCGUGUAGUCUAUCGGCAGGAUUUCUUAUAUCUGUAAUCGUUUAUAACCCCGUGAGUCAUAUCCCUGCCAUAUCCAAUAUUCUAACGAAGAGUGCUGGGUCCUCCGACGUACAAUAGAAAUAGGGAAACUUGUACUUAAAAUGUUCAGAGGAAAGAGGGAAGGAAAGAACGGAUCGGUUACUUUUGUGGACGGUGAUCGAUGUCUCUCCCUUUCGCUUUAAACGUAACUCCAAUUACUUCCAUUUGCCACCUUUCCGUUAGAUACCGAGCAUACUAACAAUAAAAAUAAAUUUCUUCAAAAGUUAACGUAGAGUUUCAUCAAAUUUUCCAGACGCGUGUCACUGUCUACAAAUAGAAACGAGAGCGCAGCAUCUUCGAAUCUCAAACCUACCAUCUAAAUGAACCUUAUAAUGCUCAAGGGCUUGGACGCAGUAUUGAAUAAAUGAAACUUUACAAUUAAGUUAACGCAGGUGCAAUACUCGUGAAACGGGUGCACAUAGAAUAAGAAUAAAAAUAAAUCAAAAAGAAAAAAAAAAGAAAAGAUACUCCGGGAUUCUAUAUAUGAAUAUAUAAAUAUAUACACAUUAUAAAUUGUACAGAAUAAUUCUUCGACCAUCGUGAGACUAUCUCCUUUUUCCUUAGUGUACUGCGCCGAACGAUAAGUAUAUAAAUGUUUUAAGAAUAUGGUCUAGAAGGGCUGAAUAGGUGUAGAGGUAUAAAUUCUCCGGAACAACUGUACAAGUAGUAGCGAUAAACACCCUCACAUCUUUCCUAAUUAAUCGGAACACCUCUCUUUCGGCUAGUUAAUAGCUAAGUAAAAUAAUAUACACAGACACGCAGCGAGCGAAAUAACGUAAAGGAAACAAGAAAAAAAAAAGAGUAAAAAAUAAAAAUCUGCACUGUGCACUUUCGUGAAUUGAAGGUAUUAUCGUAAUCCGUAGACGUAGUAAACAGCGAGUGGAAAGUCAGAUUAGAAUUCGUAUUACAUAAUGCACGCGUAGCUAUGCAAUUAUUACUUGAAAGACCGUGAGUUUGAUGACGCAGGCCGUGGUGUGAUACUAACAUUUAGCGGAAAUGAUUUGUUCAUUAAACAAAACAAAAAAAAAGAAAAAACGCGAGAAAGGCAAAAAUGCAAGGAGAAACAUUGGGUUUACGGUACACAUUGAGCAAAGUGCAAUCAAAAAAUUUAUUAACGCAUCGAUGGAGUUGGUGAAAUGGCCGAUCGAAUUAUCUUUUUCAUCGCGGCUCGGAUAAAAAUAUUUAUUUCGAAAAAUUCUGUGGCCCGCAUCAAACACGCGUUCGUAUACAUAUUUGUGUGCGUAUAUCGUGCGUGAGUGUGUAUGUGCGUGUACGCUGUAUAUACAUGUAUCAGAACAAGGACAAUGAAAGUUGCUUGUAAAUGUGUGCAUUGAAAUUGAUAUAAGGAUAAUACAAGUUGCUGAAGUUUGGAAAGUCUGUUAUUAUGAAAUGAGAAAAGAAAUAGAAACAUUAAUGGAAUAUGUUAAAGAAUGAAAAAUUUGCAAAGCAAAAGUGGUAGUGCAUCCGGGCAUUGAGAACGCCACGGUCUGUUAAGUAACCUCUAUAUACAUUAUACAUAAUUACGUCUUCUAUAUAUCGACAAUAAAUUAAACGCGAACUAUUUACAAGUUAUCGACAAUAAAAGAAGAAAAGACAUUCGAAGGAAGCGCUGGCCGUCACCGAAUGGGAUGUUCGAACGUUUGUAUGUAGAUAAAGCUAAUCAGGGAAGAGAAUAUUCCGACAGAACGUAUUUUUCAAAAGCUGCAUACAUUAAGGAUAUAUAUAGAGUAAUAUGAACUUACAUGUAUGUAUAUUAUAUAUAAUAUAUAUAUAUAUAUAAUAUAUGUCGGAGAUGGAAGGACAUCGGGGUUUCCCUUUUCGAAUGUUGAAACUAAAAAAUAGUUUCAAUGUUCUAAUUCAAUUUUAUGACGAUGGGCUUGGGCUCGAAGAGACAUAACGGGUCACUGUACCAAACAGAGAAUGGAAUAAUUAUAUAGCUCUCCUUAAAAACAAAGAUUGACCUGAGAGGUGGGGAGAAGAAUAUAUAACGGCAGUUCCACUUGGACUGCGGAUCAGUUCAGUCAGAUAAGUUUGACUUAUACAUUGAGUCAGACGUGUAUCACAUCGCAUUCGUCAUCCCGUUGACCAUAGCUACGUCCAGUGAUCCGUUAUGUCACUUCGAGCCCAAGCCCAUCGUCAUAAAAUUGAAUUAGAACAUUAAAACUAUUUCUUAGUUUUAUUACUUAAGUGUAGCUAUAGUAAAAAUCUGGACUAGGGUAUUGGGGUUUUUCCCAACAUUCCAAAAGGGAAACCCCGAUAUCCUUCCAUCUCCGACAUAUAUAUAUAAACAUAUACCUGACCUAGCCUGGAAGGUCCGCGCCUAGCUUCGCUUGCUAGAUUUAAUAUUUUUGUAAUGACGCUUAGACGUAGCUCGUUUGUACCUUCGCGAAUUAAGAAACGCGUUUAUAUGUUCGCGCAUCAUCUUUACGAUCGAUCAGUGAUGCGCGGAAUUCGAAUCAAAGCGGGACGAUUAAUUCGCAUUACGACCACCGUAAAAAAGAUCGCGAUCCACGAUCGAACACGAUACGCAAACUGUAAUAUAAAAUACGCUGCUGUAAGAGUUCGUGGUUCUUCGAUUGAACUUCGAUUUAUGCUUAUCACAUUUCUAUUACGGAUUCCUUUGAUUACAUCAUAUAUACAUAUAAUUAGGCUAAUUUAGUUACGAGAACGAUUCUAAAAAUAGACAGAAGUAAUCACACGUUAUCUGUGGAUAUUUCUUGAACGGGGCAAAGUCGAUCGAAGAGAUACGAAUAAUAGCACAAAACAAUCCUGCCGACACGGUGGUAUGAGAAUUUGCAUUCAAAGAGACGUGCACGUAUCGAACGAGUAUAUCUUGUAUUUGAGCUACGAAUGAGUAUGUACUUAAAAAUCGUAAUUCGUUAGCGUCUGCAUUUGUACCUCUCUAGAAAUAACGGAUGAUCCAAGCGCUAAAUGACCUUCGGCGGAACCAACUACUUGCGUGUUUGUAUAGAAAUCCAUAUACACCUACAUAAAAUGCCAAAAGAAAAAGCAGAUAUAAUCGUCAAA